GGCGGUGGCGCCUUUUUCGCUUGUUAAAUUGUCUCGGUCGCGCUUUUCUCUCUCUCUCUCUCUCUCUCUCUCUCUCAUUACGCUCUCCUAUCUUUCUAGCUAACACUGGAAAAUCUUGAAUCGGUAAAAUUUCGAAAUUUUUCCAAGAAUGGCCAAAAGUCGUGAAAAUCGCAAUAGCGUAGAGCAUACAAAGCAAACAACGAUAUGGUUAUUCCAAGACCGGAAUCGCGAGCAAUAUGACCACAUCGCGAAAAUUGAACAAACGACUCCUGCACGAAGUGAAGCGUGGGGCAGCUCCUUGCUUCCCUCUUACACAUCUCAAUUAUUUGUAAUUUCCCCAAUAGCAAGAAGAGCCAAUACACCUGUACUUCCAAAUGCUCCCAUGAAAUCGAGGAAACCUUUUUGUAAAGAGGGUUUAAAACCUAAAAAACUUCGCUUUACGGACAAAGAGAAAGAUGAAACAGGAAAUGAAAACUAUUCUCAAAAAAGUGCAAAUUUUUCGAUAAAAAUAUUCAAACAGAAAGCAAAAUUUUCCAAGCAACAGGAUGAAUCAACAGGAAAAUUAGAUUGCGAAAAUUUGAGUGCAAUGUUACAAAUACUUGAGUUAGAUAAUAAAGAGAAUAGGCGAUAUGGACAGGAACGAUAUGAAAGAAGAGGGCGAAAUAAUCGUUCCGUCGCAAAGGAAUGUGCAAAAAAUAAUAAUUCUUCGCAAUCGUCAAAAUUAAACUGCAAUUCGAAACAUGAAUUUAUACACUUUCGCAUAUAAGCUGCCGGAGGAUGCGAUUAUUACGAUUAUCGUGCAAUAUACGCGCAAUACUAAUAAUAAUAGUAAUAAUAAUAAUAAUAAUAAUAAUAAUAAUAACGACAACAACGAAAACAAUUAACGAUGAUGAUGCUGAUGAUUAAAUCAGUAUAUUGCAGUAUAUUGAACAUUAAAAAGUUACUCAGUAUGAUAUCACAAUGAUAAUUAAAAUCAAUAUAAUCAUGAUUAUAAUUAAUUAUUAGUGUAAAUGUGAUUUGAUUAAAUUAGUAGAUAAAUAAUAAAUAUUGAGUGAUUAAAUGUUCAUUAAUUAUUAGAUAAUUAUUAGAUACAAUUAUUGUGUUGUGUAUACUUAUACAAGAUUAAAAUCAACGAUUCAUUUA